GCGACCGAGGAUGUAUGGCCGCGGCGCGAAGGUCGGCCUGCCAGUAAACGUUCAACCUCCGGAGGGUAAGGGCGUGUCGCCGGUGAGUGCCGGUGCAGCCGUGACUGGCGAAGCAGCUUGGAGCGGUGUUUGUACGUUUUCGUGUGUUCCGGUGUGUGUUCCUCCCCGACGCACCGAGCCAGCCAGCCACAUGCAGUUCCGCGAUCAUCAGAUGGCCACGCCCCCGCCCGUCGUCAUGUCCUCGCUCAAGAACGCCCACGUCCCCGCCCAUCCACCCGCCUCGCACCCGCGAUGCCCCGGCCCCGUCACGCUGUCCUCCCCCAGUGGCCCCCGCUACAAUGCCUCCCCCUGCCUGGUGUCCUCCCCGCCCCACGCCGCCCACGGCUCCCACCACUCCGCCGCUGCCUCCCCAAGCCGCCUAGCCCCCUCCACCAUAGCCUCGCCUCUCCACGUCACAUCGCCGCCCCUCCACGUCGCCUCCUCUCCCCUUCACACCGCCCCUUCGCCCCUCCACGCCACCCACAGUCCCCUCGUGUCUUCCCCUCAAACCUGCACGUCCCUCGCCGCCCGGCUGGAGCCAAAGCCAUCCUGUGGAGUGCAGCCCCCCACCAGCAGCCAGCCAUGCUCCGCGCCGCCCCGCCCCGCCGCCUCCCCCGCCAAGGAGAACCCCCUCCUGGCCUCGCCUUGUCCUAACGUGCCCCAGAAGGCAGCGUCAAAGGAGAGCUGCUUCUCGGUGCUGUUGAAUGACAUGGGCGUCACGCCCUUCAAGGAGGAGGACAUGACCGACGAGUCCCUGGAGGAGGAGGAGGAGGAGGAGUCGCAGGAUGACGGCUGCGAGGAGCUGGAGGAGCAGAAGGACAAGAGAGGCGAGUGUGGCGGGCGGCGCCGCAAGGCCGGCGGUGCACGGGGUGGUGGUGGCCGUGGGCGUGACAGGAGUCCUCACCAAGUCGCCCGCGUGCGCCGCAACCGCCGCAUGAAGGCCAACGACCGCGAGCGUCACCGCAUGCACAUGCUGAACAACGCACUGGACCGCCUGCGCACGGUGCUUCCCACGGCGCCGGACGACACGAAGCUCACCAAGAUCGAGACGCUGCGCUUUGCCCACAACUACAUCUGGGCGCUGAGCGAGACCCUGAAGGGCCUAGACUCCCACCAGGCACCCCAGCAGCACCUCAGCCUCAGCGUAGGCGUCACUGGCGCCCCUGUAGGCCCACAGCCGCCCACAGACGUGCCCAUGUAUCAGGCUGGACCCCUGGGCCCCUCCGCGCCAUACUGCGGUCAGGGGAACGAAGGAGAGCUGUGGGGCCCCGCCAGCGUGGGUGUGGGGGGCAAUUUCCCCCCCGGUGCCCCCCACGGCCAGUACAUGCACUACCCCAGCCUUCCCUACCAGUGCCUCUGACCUUCCUAGACCGCACGCCCCGCCGCCGCCGCCGUCGCCAUGCAGUGCCUGACAGUGCCGCGGCACGCCCCGCCAGUGCUUGUCACCGCCGCCGCCCUGUGAUGCGCUGCCUUGCCGCCAGCACACCUGUGCCGCCAGGUGUUACUCAAAGAAGGAACUAUAGAGUUGAUUAUAUGACAAAAAUGUUGCUCAAAGUCCUGCUCCGCGCAGGAUCUGGCUGUGCCCGUCGCUGCAUCAGCCUCCCGCAGCCCCGCCUUCCCUAGAGGUAACCGUAGAGAAGAGUCCUUAGAGAAAAUUACAGGUAAAAUAUUAUUGAUGUGUUGCCCCCCCUCCCCUCCCCUCAUUCUUCCCUCCCUUUCCCUUCCCUCUCCUCUCCUCUCCUCUCCUCUCCUCUCCUCUCCUCUCCUCUCCUCUCCUCUCCCCUCCCCUCCCAACGGCGGGUGUCACGGCGUCAGCCGGUGCUCUCAACAGCCAUUUCAAAAGGCAGCCUCCCCGUCGUGGGGUGCCUGUCAAGUGCUUGCCUCCGUGCACGCCGUCGCCAGUAUUCAAUACUAGUCAAGUCCACUUACGUCAAGUACGUGUGGUGCCUGUGCGUCACGAUUCUCAAGGACAAGCGGACGCAGAACCAACUAUGCUAAGAUUAAGAUUAUAUCGUAACUGGUUGCUGAGGCGCUACCGAAGCACGAUAUAGAGGAAGGAGGAGGAGAAAGAGGAGGGAGGAUAAGAAUAUAUAGGUGCGUGUGUCCCUCAUAUCAGCAACUCACCCGCGUUUUGUUUUUUUCUUAUUCCACGUGUGCCGCACCUGUUCCCACGCACCCGCGCCCAUACCUGCGUCCUGUCUACUUAAUUAAUUAGCUAACCUGAGGCCACUUUCCCCUCUCAGUCCCGACCCUUAGUGAUCUACAUCGCUGAGUUUAAACCCUCCGAGCUUCACCUUUUCGGACAGCCGGGCCAUGCUCAGGUGGGGCCUAUCAGCCUCUACCCUGUCCACACCUGCCCAUUGUAAGUCACAAGUUAUAUAUUAAGAGAAUCAUUCCGCCGCUCAUGUGUCCACCGGGCCCGUCCCUCUGAUCUCAAUGUAGACGUUAAUGGAAUGACGUAUGCAAGUGAUGAAUGAAGUGGAAUGACUUAAGCGUUGACGAGAGACAAA